AUGUCCUCAAAGUAUUGUUGCACACUUGUCUUUGCGGCGAUUUUCACUGCUGGUCUAGUGUCCUCGAGGCCUACAAAUGGGCCGACAAAAAUUUCGCUGGAUAAGCCGCAUGAUAUUGGGGAUAACAACAUCAUAAGAACUGCAUCGAAGUGGGAACGCGGCAUGGACCUAUUAGGCCAAAUUAUGGACGCACUAAGAAUCGGCAGAGGGAGAUUAGUGAAUUUUGCAAUGAUGGCUAGAAACAUCAUUGCCGAACGGGCGGAGGAGUUCACGAGUGAAGCCUCAAACAAGGUGAUUGCGGUUCUGGCGGCGAGAGAAGCGAAGCAAAUCAUAAAGAAGGUUGAGGCUAAAAAAUCGCAGGAGCGCGCUCUGAAGAAGGUCGAGCCGAAGAAAUUGGAAGCGAAAGUGUCGGAAAAAUCUGAACCGCAGAGAACUGUGAAGAGGAGCACAAUCGAGGCGUUUAGUGGGACUCCAGUCAAAACUAGUCCAAUCUCCGACUUUUUUCCUCCGAAAACUCGAGAGACUGUUCGUCUCGAGACGGAAGCUGGACAAUCUCUCUUUGAAAUAAAGAAGAAAACGCCAGUGCAGGACUUACUGCAGGCCAUGUUCGCGCCCAAACCUCUGUUGGACCGAACGACGGAGGAGGAGAAGUACGGAAACUCGGGGGAUAAGUUCAGUGGCGUUGGGAGGGCUCUCGUCAACGGCUUCGAGGCCCUCAGCAAUUUUUUGAAUUCCGCGGUUGACUUGCCGGUGAAUGCAGCGAAGAAAACAUCGAGAGGCCUCACCGCCGCGCUGAACCAAGUUGGAGGAAAAUUGAUAGGUUUGGAGUAG